UUUUCAUUGAAAUAACCUGAAUUCAAGGGAGGACAACUCAAGAAUAACAAAUCAAGGAUGAAAGAAAUGUCGACUUCAGAAAUUGAUUGGAAACAAAAUAUUUUCCAGCAACUGAAAUUACGCAACAAAAGAGAAAAAGAACCAUUUGAAAAUUUAAUUCAAUCAUAUAGUAAAAGUUUUGAUAUUGCUUCAAGUUUAAAAUCUAAAAAUGCACAGCUUACAGUUGAAGUUGACAGACUUAAGGAAGAAAACACUCGACUAUCAGAACAAGGUGGUGGUAGUAGUCCUGGUUUUAAUGACAAGACUCACUCAGUAGAUGUCCAAAAACUGUACAAGUUACAAGAGGAACUUACAGAACUCCACAAAAAGAGAGGAGAGAAUUCACAACAGAUUAUAGACCUUAACAUGUUGUUACAAGAAAAGGAAAGAGAGUUAAUGAUCAAAGAUGCUAAGUUACAUGAUACAGAUGCAGUGGUUCUAGCUUUAAAAAGUGAAAUCAAGAAUUUAGAAAUGACAAUUGUAGAAUUAGAACAAACUAAUCAGAUGUUAAAAGAUGAACACCAGGCUUUAGGAUUAGCAUUUACAGCCAUGGAAGAAAAGUACAGAAAAAUUCAGGAUGAAAAUGCUGAUUUAAUUACUAGGUGGAUGCAUGUAAAAGCAAAAGAUGCAGACAAAAUGAAUGAAGAUAAUGAUAUUCAAAUAAAAAAAAGACAAGCGAAGUUACAAAAAGAACUUAUAGAUGCAGCAAAAGAACCUGUUGAAAUCAGACCAGAAAGUGAAGCUGGUAUUUAUGUUCCUGGUAUUGUUCCAAUCUGUGUUAGUGUAGCCUUACCAAAUAAAGCACAGCACAAAUUUGAGGCACAUGAUGGGGAAGUAAAUGCUGUUAAAUGGAGUCCAUCUGGAACUAUGUUUGCAACAGGGGGUUCAGAUAGAAAGAUCAAGUUAUGGGAAAUAAGUGGAGGUAAAUGUCAGUGUAAAGGAAUAUUAACAGGAAGUAACCAGGGUAUUAUGGCACUAGAUUUUGGUAUUGAAGAAAACUAUAUAUUGGGAGCAUCAAAUGACUUUGCUAGUCGUGUUUGGUCUCUUACAGAUCAAAGGUUACGGAGUACAUUAACUGGACAUAGUGGUAAAGUAUUAGCUGCAAAGUUCUUAGGAGACUGUAGCAAAAUCGUAUCUGGAAGUCAUGAUAGAACCUUGAAAAUCUGGGACCUCACGAGAAUAGCUUGUAUCAAAACAAUUUUUGCUGGAUCAAGUUGCAAUGAUUUAGUGACCUUGCAAGGCUCAAACAUAAUCAGUGGACAUUUUGACAAGAGAUUAAGAUUUUGGGACAGUCGUACUGAUUCAAGUAACACAGAAAUUAUGCUUCAGGGUCGACUGACUUCACUAGAUGUAUCAUCAGAUCGUUCCCAGUUGUUAUGUUGUACUAGAGAUGAUUCACUGAAAGUCAUAGAUUUGAGAAUGAAUCAAGUGUCUUCUUCAUUAUAUGCUGACCACUUCAAUGUCAGUUGUGACUGGUCAAGGGCAGUGUUCAGCCCAGAUGGUACUUAUGCUAUAGCUGGUUCACAUGAUGGUUCAAUCUUUAUCUGGAACAUUGCCAAAGAAAAAGUAGAGAGGGUACUCAAAGAACACAACAAUGCUGUACUAGCCUGUGCAUGGCAUCCCUCUGGACAAUAUGUUUUGAGUGCAGACAAACAGAAAAAGGCAGUCUUAUGGUCAGACAUAUAAAUAUCAAUCAGAAUAGACUACUAACACACUGGAUUCAGUUACAAACAUUUGUACUACAUGUAAUUGAACAUUAAGCACACAGAUGGUGUUUUUGUGAGAGGUGCAGAUCAGAAAAUAUAAUGAAUGAAAAUGCUAAGAUAAUUUAUAUAUUUGAUGAAUAAAAAAAAUAUGUAUUCCCAUCAAUGGGAGGUGAUAAUGAAAUAAUAUGUCUAUGAUGUUCAGAUUUGUCAUUCAGAGUUUAAAGUAUAUUAACAAUUAAAAACUUGACUAUUUUAGAGCACAUUGUCCCAUUUAUUGGGACUUCGGGAUCAGGUGUUUUUAAGCUUGGGAUUUCAGGAGUGAUCCUUUCAGUAUCCAGGAAUUCUUUUUUUGAAUUUCGGGAUGUCAGAAAUUAAAUUUCUUUAAAUUCGGGACCUUGGGAUUCCAUGUUUUUAAGCCAGCAAUUACAGGAUUAGGACCCCUCCUACCCCUCAUUGUAGGAUAACUCAACUUUGAUUGACAAAAUGUUCAAUUUUUUAAACUAGAAUAUUUUUUUUAACUUUCCUUUGAUUUUUUUAAUGUUUAUUUUUCUUGAUUUAUGGGAUUUAAAAAAAAUAGUCAAUAUAAGGGGACAUUUUUAUCAUGUGCUUGUGACAUAGUUGAGUUUUUGGAACUUAAGAUUCAAUAAAUUUAUGGGAACACAAUUCAUAAAUGAACUGAUUCUUUUUUUAAAGAAGAAAAUACAUAUAUUAGUAUUUCAGGAUUUCACUCAUUUUUCACCCUCAGUUCAAAGGUCACCUCUGGAAUAUAAAUAAGUUUGAAUUGUCUCAAGGAUAAAUCUUAUAAAUAUAUACAGGUUCAACUACUAAAAGCAAUAUGUCAACUAUGUUUGUUGGGUCAAUAUUAAGUUUUCAUGGUUAAGGUCUGUUUCACAAAUACUAUAUGCAAUUAGUAAACUGAUUUUGGUGUGAGGAAUGCUUGUAAGAUACACAUGUCUGUUUGGCAGUACUAUUGGAAUAUAACCUCAUUUUCCUGGUACAUGCUCAGGCUAUAUUGUAUUUGUAUGCUACACAAUUCAAUGAAAAGAAGUUAGAAGAGUUUGCAAAUUACACACCCUAAAAAAAACACCUUUAAUUCAACAAUUUAAGCAAAAACUUAACAUAUUUUUUCAUAAAAGGUCCAUUUAAAAUAGCUAUCAUGUCCUAAUCAUAUCACAUUGUUCCAGUUUAUUUCAGUUAAAUCAUAAUUUUUCUGUGCAUUUUCUUGAUGACUACUGUAAGGUGAAUGAACUUGAAAUAAAAGCCAGUCUGAAUUAAGGCUUGCAUGAUAUUUCUUAAAAAAAAUAUGAGAAAUUAUAAAGGGAUUGUUGUGACAGAAUUUAAGUAUGUCAUUCUUAUAUUGAUGAUAUGACACAGUGCCAAUUGAUUGGUCAUAAUUAAGUUUUCUAUCAUUCCUUUGUACAGCAGUCCUAAUUAUCAGAUCGUCUAACACCCUCUCUUUCAGUUCUCCAUUAAGAUACUUGUGGUAAAUCUUUCUUUUCUUCACCAAAAUGUCCUUGAAAUCGUUUUUCGUCCUCAUUUAAAUAUUUCUUGUUUUUGAUGAUCAACACAGGCAUCCAACUGGGGAAUGGAAAUUGAAUUUAGAAAAUAUGUUAUUAUCUAAAGAAGAUGUGUAAAUGUGAAUAAUUAUUUAUUGAUUGAACUGUCGCCAGAUUUGUUAUUUCAAUUUUUUCUGUAUUUGUUAAUACAGAUUGUUUGAAUUACAUAACUUUGAUUAUUUUCUCUCUUAUCAUGACUAAAUGUCAAUUAUAAUGAAUGCCGUGCUCAGUCUACUUAGUUCGAAAAUAGCAUUCUAUUAAUUAGUUAUCAUUAAUUAUGUCUUAAGAAAUGAUCAUUAUUGUUUAGAAUUAUCUUACUUUAAAAUAAAUGUCAAAUGUUAUAUAAAUUAUAUAUCAAGUAGUAUAUUUUAUGCAUGUGACCAUUACAUAUUUUUUCAAAAAUAGGCACUGUUAUUGAGGGGGCAUAUUUCUGGAUAAAGUAUGUUCUGUUUUAAUUUUUUUGAUACUUUUCCGCCCUUUCAAUUUAAAAUUGUGAAAAUUAUUGUUCUGUGAU